AAAAUUUUGAAAACAAAAAGUUUUUGAAAAACUCGUCUUUCUUUUUGUUUCUCUCCGUGGGGAUUGAAACUCUAUGGCCUGGUUUCUUGUUAACCAGGUCCCUCUCAGCUCUUAAAUCCCCUUUUCCUCACAUUCCUUGUUUCCCUUUCAAUUUCUCAUCUUUCUUCCAAAAUGAACGAUCUUCUAACGGAAUCAUUUGACAUCCCACGUGGCCAAGGUCACGGAGGUGGGGACCUUGAGUUAGGAGAAUAUGCAAGGAAUUCAGGAGACCUGGGCUUGGAUAGUUUCUUCAAAAAGGUUCAAGAGCUUGAUAAACAAUAUGCUAAGCUGGAUAAGCUUUUGAGAAAGCUCCAGGAUGCCCAUGAAGAAUCCAGAGCUGUGACCAAGGCUCCUGCCAUGAAGGCUAUAAAGGAGAAAAUGGAGAAAGAUGUUGAUGAAGUUAAGAAAACUGGUCAUUACUUAAAGACCAAAAUUGAAGAACUGGACAAAGAGAAUUUGGCAAACAGGCAGAAGCCUGGAUGUGGAAAAGGAUCAGGUGUUGACCGGUCAAGAACAGCAACAACUAUUUCUUUAAAAAAGAAACUAAAAGAUAAAAUGGCCGAAUUUCAGACUCUGAGAGAGACCAUCCAUCAAGAGUAUCGCGAGGUUGUUGAGAGACGUGUUUUUACAGUUACGGGUGCAAGAGCUGAUGAGGAGACAAUUGACAGAUUAAUUGAAACUGGAGAUAGUGAACAAAUUUUCCAGAAGGCAAUUCAGGAACAAGGACGAGGCCAGAUAAUGGACACCUUGGCAGAAAUUCAAGAGCGACAUGAAGCAGUUAGAGAUGUUGAGAGAAAGCUUCUUGAAUUACAACAGAUAUUUCUUGAUAUUGCGGUGUUAGUGGAUGCACAAGGUGAUAUGCUUGACAACAUUGAAUCACAGGUUACAAGUGCAGUAGAUCACGUGCAGCAAGGCAACAAUGCUCUCCAGAAGGCCAAGAAACUACAAAAGAACUCUAGAAAAUGGAUGUGCAUUGCAAUCAUGAUACUUCUCAUCGUUAUUAUAAUCAUCGUUGUUGCUGUCAUCAAACCAUGGGUUAGCAAAAGUGGUGCAUAGUUUGCAAUCGGUAAUGCAUAAUGAAAUAACUUAUAGCUCAUGUCUUCAUGAUUUAUAUAUAUAUAUAUUUUUUUUGCCGAUCCAUUCUUUUGUUUUCUUAUGUUUUAAAAACUUUCUUUCAUGUUAUACUCACUUGAAAGAAACAUUGGAACAACGUAUAAAAUAUUGAAUUGAGUUGUAUAAAGAAAAGAUAUUGAUUACUGUC